AGCCUGACGGAGGUUGGCCGUACGUAAAUCACAGCGCUGGUUUGCCCGAUUGAUGACAGUAACGUGUCUGUGUCCAAGUGUCCACGACAAUGUGCUUGAACACCAUGUGAGGGAAAUAAAUUGAAAACAAAAAUCAACCCACUGAAAAUGGCUAAUAGAAGAGAGAAAACCCCUGUUGACUCGGGAUAUGCCUGGGUUAUACUUUUUGCCUGUUCCUUACUGUACAUGAUGUUGUCCGGACUGACCAAGGCCUUCGGAAUCCUGUACACAGAGUUCCUGGAGGAGUAUGAUGCUGGGGCUGGAAACACCGCCUGGAUCGGAAGUGUGAAACUCUUCCUCUUCUUUGGCCUGGGCCCUCUAGCUAACCAUCUGUGUGAGGACUUUUCGUUCCGGAAGGUAGUGAUCACAGGAGGGCUCUUAAUAUUUCUUGGCUACUUGGUCAGUGUAUUUGUGGAGCAGAUGGAACUGUUGUAUCUGACUAUUGGUGUUGUUGCAGGUUUUGGUUGUGGCUUUGUUUUUGCUCCUUGUGCAACAAUUGUGAGUUUUUAUUUCAAGAAAAGACAAGCUCUCGCUAAUGGAAUUGUCAUAUCUGGAAGUGGACUGGGCAGUUUUAUUUUUCCCUACUUUUAUCGGUUCAUAAUAGAUGAAUUUGGUCUCCAUGGCGCCUUGUUAAUUAUCAGCGCGGUUGCUUUACACAUCUGUGUAGGAGGAGCUCUUUUACGUCAACCACAGCAGCUUGCUAAAUUUAAACAUUCCUUGGACACAGUUGAUGAAGAAACAACAGAUCUUAACUAUCAGGAAUCAAGCAAAAAUACAGCAAAACCGUCCAAACAAAAAGCUAAAUUUGUGAUAGAUUUUUCCUUAUUUAAGAUUCCACGAUUUAGUGUUUAUGUGGCAGCUUUUACGAUCAACAUUAUAGGAUAUGCUGGUAAUUUUUCUGUCUUUCCAGCGCAUGUUAAGUCGCUGGGAUUCAGUGAGCAGCAAGUAGCUAUAGCAUUGUCAAUGAUAGGGGCAACGGAGAUGUUUGCAAGGAUCUUCUUUGGAUGGUUCGCUGACAAGAAAAUAGUUGAAAAGAAAACAAUCGUCAUUUUCUCAGCUGCUGUGAGUGGUGCAAGUGCCAUUUUGAUUCCCUUUCUGAGGAAUUUUCCAGCCAUGGUAGUGUAUGGUUGUAUCGUAGGGAUAUUCCCUGGUGCGUUCUGGAGUCUGAUGGCAGUCAUGAUGUUGGAGUGUGUUGAACUUGAGAGACUCACCUCAGCCAUGGGGGUUCUGUCCAUGUUCAUGUCUUUUGGAAUAGUCAUCAGUCAGCCAGUUAUGGGAUGGAUCGAGGAUGCUACCGGAUCUUGGGACCUGUCUUUCAGGAUCAUGGGAAUGUUCAAUCUACUGUCUGGUGUAUUAUUUGUGUUAGAACCAGUGUUUAAGAAAAUUAUGCACAGUGGUAUAAAUUCAACAGAUCAUAAUACAGGCGAGGAGAUAGAGCUACCUGAUCAAGCUAAAGAGAUAGAAGUUACCUACCCGGCCAAUGACGGGUCGUCACUGAAGGCAGAAUCGUCUCAGGAACGUUUGUCUCUUAUUUCAUGUGAAGGAACUGCGCUUACAGAGUUAGGGAGUAAUAAUGGGAAAUUUUAAGUACUGUUGACUAGAAAAAUCAAACCGAUGCAAUAACAUGUAAAGAGUUUGUGGUGUCUAUGAAUACUAGAAAUGUGAUAACGUUUAGAACAAAGCCUGUAUGAUCGAAAGUUUAGGUUUGAAUUGAUAGUGUAAUUGUUAUCAAUAUCGGAAAUGAAAAAAAUUGUAUAAACAGGUGUGGAAAUUAUACAACUAAAGGAGAAUUAUUUUCUUCUUCGUUCCAUUUCAAGCACCUGCAAAUCAAUAUUUUUUUUAUGAGAUAUAUAUUUUUGUGUGAAUUUGCAAGAGAAAUCUACAUAAACUCAAACAUAUUGUGAAUGUUUAUACAAGGUAAAAAAAAAACAGUCUAAGGGCAGCUUAUUUCAUUCCUUUAUCAAAUUCAAAUUCACCCACUUCCUGAAAACUUUCUAUAUUAAAAAGGAUUUGCUAGUAGUGAGUCAUGAGACCUAAUUCAGUAGGUAACACUCUGUGAUACCAAGAGGUAUAUAUAUAUAUAUACGUAUACAACAUUUGAUAAUUUUAGAUGAUGGAGUAUAUUAAUUUAUUAUUCUAUCCCUUGGACAAAAUGACUAAUAUAGUAGGAGCACAAGACCAGAUUUCAAUACACAAUAUUCCUUUAUUCUAAAAGGUACUUGUAUACAAAAUAUUGCAGUUGUAGGUGAAGGUGUAUAUGACAUAUAUCAUGGAGAAUCUAAUGUACCUUGAUUAAAGGGCCAUAACUCUGUUUAUGAUAGCAUUAAACCCUAUUUUAAUAACCAACACUAUGCCAUCCCAGAAGGUACCUGCAUUCAAAAUUGACCAAUGGUAGAUGAGUAUAUAAGAUAUACCCCUGACAAACUACCAAGGUAAUUGGUGCACAGACUGAUUGAUGGAGUGAAAACUGAAAGUCCUCUCCAAAAGGAGAAGUACAGAAUUUUUAAUUCUUUGGUAGAAAAAUAGCAAACAUUUAUAUUUGUAGAAAAAAAACCAUGAGUUUAGUGGUUUACAUUUAUUCUCUUAUUUCCACACUUUUGCAGCAAUUUAUGAAGUUGCACACAUGAUGGAGAGGAACAGCUCUCUAGUAUGCAGGGAAACACAUGAAACACGGUUUUAUAUUCAGUGUUUAUUGUAAUUAUUAAUUAUCUAUAAAUCAUAUGACUGCAGUGAUUUUAUAUAGAGAAUUUAUUGUAAUUUAGCUCUACAGUUGUCAAAUGUAGGAUGCAGGGAUUUUAACAUUAGUAUAUAAUCUGUAGCACGUAGGAAUAGAAUAAUUUUAUAUAUAGAUGUUACCUUAUUGAAUUAGCCUUUGAACCUAUUUGAAUCAAUGUACAGUAUAUUGCAGUUAAUUGCAAAUUGUUGAACUGCAAUACAGGUAAAGAAACUUGACAUUAAGAAGUGAAAGUGACCUGUUCCAAAGCAAUGCACUAAGAAUGGUUGAGCUCAGUUUCCAAGUAAUUGAUUAUCCCUCAUCAACUAAACUUGCAUGGCUUAUGUUUCUAAGGAUGUUAAUCACAUGCGAUGCUUCAGAUGCUGCUUCUGACCUACAUUUUACGCUUGACUGACCAGGUUAAGAACAUUGGCUGAGGUCAGGCCCCAUCUGCACUAUGGUUAAGAUUGGUUUAGGUCAAUUACCAAGUAACUAUAUGUCCUAUAUCAACUAAACUUGCAUGGCUUAUGUUUCUAAGGAUGCUAAUCACAUGCGAUGCUUCAGAUGCUGCUUCUGACCUACAUUUUCCACUUGACUGACAAGGUUAAGAAUAUUGGCUGAGGUCAGGCCCAUCUGCACUAUGAUUAAGAAGAUUGGUUUAGGUCACUUACCAAGUAAAGCUUCUUCUACCAACGGCUUAGUGGAUUUUACUUAAAUUUGGUCUGGAGCAUCCUUGGUGCCAAGGGGAAUCAGUUUUAUAUAAA